AUGCCAGCCAUCACUGUUAAGCCACUAACACCGCCAGCCGGGUCUGCAAUCGACUUCGGUGCCGUCAUUACAGAUGUUGACCUGGAGUGUCACAGGCUAUGGCCUGGAUUUUGGUUGUCGGCCAUGCCCUCAACCUGGUUCUAA